AUGAAUGAAAAAGAAAUUAAAAAUAAUAAAAGAAGUCAUUCUAUAUAUGGAGGUUUCAGGGCAACAAUACCUCAUUUAAUUAUUGAAAAUAAUGGAAGUGAUUAUUCAAAAGAUCAAAUUGAUGAAAUGUAUUUAUAUAUUAAUGAUAAAAAUAAUCCAAUUUCUAAAAAAAGAGAAGAAAGUAUUGCUGAUAUUCAUAUUGAUAGAGUAUUUAAAAGAAAAUGUAUGAGAGGUGUUGAAAAAUUUUUAAACAUUGAAUAUCAAAUUGGUACUUGUAUUAAUUCUAAUGAAAUACCGUGCAAAAAAGUUAAAGAAAGUAAUAGUGUUAAUGAUGAUAAUAGUAAAACUAAUAACAAUAACAAUAAGAAUGGAAAUUGUAUGACAAAAGAUAAUACUACUAUUAAUAGUGAGAAACUUAUCAAAUAA